AUGAGGAACGCAGCGAGGAGCUUCCCUCGUCACCCUGGCGAGGCGUCCCUGGGCCUGAGCACACAGCUAUUUUGGUCCGUCUUUUUAUCACACACUCCUCCCUGCGGAAUUCACCCCGUUAAAGCCUUGCAAUCUGCAGCCUUCACUCUUAGCAGCAGUGAGCGCUCGGCAGGUCCCCGCUCCCAACGCACCAUGGCCGCACGGACCGUGCCCCACGCCUACCCUAUGAGUUCGGAGUACGAGUUUGCCAGCCCCAGCAAGAUCUACGACCAGAACUUCGGGGAAGGUGUAUCCCCCUGUGAGAUUUUAGCCCCUGCCCUCUAUCACGGCUACUACAUCCGGCCACGGAUCAACAAACAGCUGGACCGAGGCACCUCUGAGAUCAGCCUCAACGACCACAAGUUCCAGGUGUUCCUGGAUGUUUGCCACUUCUUGCCAGACGAGCUCACUGUCCGCACCGUGGACAACCUGCUGGAAGUGAUGGGGCAGCACCCGCAGAAGUCUGACCGCCACGGCUUCAUCUCACGAGAGUUUACCAGGACCUACAUCCUCCCGCUGGAUGUCGACCCCUUGCUUGUGAAAGCCACCUUGUCUCACGACGGCAUCUUAAGCAUCGUGGCUCCCCGGACCGGGAAGGAGGUGAAGGCCAGAGUCAAUGAGGUGAAGAUAACCCAGCAGAGGCAGCCAGAGGCAAAGGAAGUGCAGCCCAAGGAAGGGAAGGAGAAAGAAGAGUCUUAA